AUGCCACAGUUCCUUGACGGAGGCACUGUAAUAGUUUAUCAAACCAAGGAAAAACCGCCGCGUUGGAAGGUCCGCAGGAGCUGGCAUAUUGACGAUGGUUUGGAUUUUGGCAUGAUCCGGUCGUCGACCGUAUCGGUUGAGGAUACAGCCGUGAUACUUUAUCAGAGGCAUGGCGAGGCAACGUUUUUCAAGGCGAAGGUGAAAGCCGAAAUCAGAAAUUCUGGAAUGUAG